GGUCUGAAAGGUUGUGCACAGUGUUUUAUUGAAGCAAUAGUGUGAAAAAAAGAAAUAAAUCUAUAAAUUUUAUAUACAAAUCUAAGAAAUUAAUACAAUAAAACGAGUGCGUAAAAAUCUCUACACAAUAACAAAAAAAAAAGUAUUUAAGCUAAAUAAAGUUCAAAAGGCCGUAAAUAAUAAUAGAAUUUCUAAAGCAGAGACAGCAGCAACUAAAUCAGAAAAAUUUGCGUGCCAUAAAAAUUGUGUCUGGGUUUCACCAUAUUUGUGUCUACUAUUGGAAUAAAAAUUAAAAUAAGUUGUGCCCUCUAGUUUAUCGCAUCACACAAGUAGAAAAAAAAGUAAAGUGAAGCUUUUGUUAUUUGAGAAUUUAAGAAUUUUCAAGGUGAAGUGCUUUUUUUCGUUCGUUCUAUUUUAGUGUUUUGUUGUUGUUGACUGUGAUUUUUGUCGCAAACCAAAACGUGUUUAAAAUUUUUUAACUAAAAACGUAACUUCUUUAAUGUGUAUCUUGUGAAUUUGCUAGUUUGUGUUAUUAAAAUUCUGUUUUGUGGCAAAUUUGUUGGGGAGAAUCAAUAUUUCUUUUGAUUUUCUUUUUGUAUUGACAAAAAAUGCUUUUGACAAAAUGUUCUCAUGACACCACAGACAUUCUCCAACUGAAAUCAUCAACAUCCUCCUCAUCUACAACAUUUUCUGGCCAAUUGCCCUUAAGAACAACAUCAUCAUCACCAAAGACUACAACAAAAAGUCUGGAUAUUCUUUAUUGUUGUUGUCUUUUAAGAAAUACCGGCACAAAAUGUCGCAAUGCAUUGAAAAUUCGUCUGCGAGUCAAAUACAAUUUAUUUCUAUUCCUGCUGAUAAAUUUAUUGCUGAAGACAUGUUGCGGCCAAUUACUUAUAAAUGUACAAAAUCAGGGUGGUGAAGUGAUACAGGAGAGCAUUACCUCAAAUGUUAGUGAAGACUUAAUAACGUUGGAAUUUCAAAAAACGGAUGGUACUUUAAUAACGCAAAUUAUUGAUUUUCGAAAUGAAGUACGCAUACUUAAGGCUUUGGUUUUGGGCGAAGAAGAACGCGGUCAAAAUCUCUAUCAGGUCAUGUGUUUUGUAACGAAAUUCCAAAAAGGUGAUUUUAUAUCAUCGGAUGCCAUGGCCAAAUUAAGACAAAAGAAUCCCAGUACAAUACGUACGCCCGAAGAGGAUAAGGGUAAAGAAACAUUUACAAUGACCUCGUGGGUGCAUCUGAAUCGUUCACAGCCCAUCACCAGACAUCUGAUGAGUAUAUGCGGUGAGGCGGUAGAUGCCACAUAUGUAAGGGAUGUUGAUUUGAAGGCAUGGUCGGAGUUGCCAGGCUCCUCCAUUUCAAGUCUUGAGGCGGCCACCGAAAAAUUCCCCGAUACCUUAUCGUCGCGUUGCAACGAAGUCAGCAGUCUAUGGGCACCCUGCAUUUGUACCUUAGAAACCUGUAUCGGCUGGUAUCCCUGCGGCCUCAAGUACUGUAAAGGUAAGACGGCGGCUGGUGAUUCAUCGGCUGCAGCUGCGGCACAAACAAAUUAUCGUUGUGGCAUUAAGACAUGUCGCAAAUGUUCACAAUUCUCAUAUUAUGUACGACAAAAACAGCAAUGUUUAUGGGAUGAAUGACGAGAACUGCAACAAAUAUCCCCAUUACAAACAAUAACAACAAUACAAAUAAUUCGAACAACUAUUACUAUGACUACAAUUCAUACUCUAAAUUAUUAUACACCAAUUAAUAUUAUUAUUAUUAUUAUUACAAUAACGAUUAUUAUCUUAUGCUCAUUGUACAAAAUUCAAAAGACAAUAAGAAUGAUGAUGAUGAUGAUGUGGGUUUUGCAAAGUAAUCUCCUACACUUAAGUACUAUUCCAACGAAAAUACUUAAUGUUAAGAUUAAUCGUCAUUGUAUUCAUACCCUAAUAACAUUGCUGUUCCUAACACAGACGAAGAAAUAACAUUUACAUGUUAGGGACAGGGACUGGGAGAUAAAAAGGAAAUCAACACCACAACCACAACCAACACGACCACCACCAACUCCGCUGGCUUCAUUUCUUUAUUUAAAGAAUAUGGGUUUCUGUUCUACAUAUACUUUAUAUAUAAAGUAGAUGCUGAAAUCUAUGUAACAAACAAAAAUCAACGAUGUGUUUUUGAAAACCCAUUGAAAAUGGUAAUUUUCUAAAGUGCUUAUAACUCGUAUUAUAUAUAUAUGUAUGUGUGUGUGAGUUUUUGGGUCUGUAUGUAAAUAAUGUAAAUUGUUUUUUAUGUAAGUAUAUAUUACAUAAUUAUAUUUUUUUAUAAGUAUAUAUCUACUAUAUAUUGAAUCUUAUAAAUAUUUUUCGUUUUACUCUGAAAAUUUAUUUUUCCCACAAAAUAUUUUAUAAUUUUAAGAAUUUAACAAACGAGACAUGCAAGAUUAUUUAUUGAUUUAUUUGUUUUUAUUUUGGUUUUCUGAGAAUAUUAUUUUUAUUUUAUCUAAAGGUUUCAUGUUUCUGUGUUUUAUUCCCCAUUCUGUCGUUAUUGCUAUUUAUGCUUGAUUCGAAGGACCAUUUAUUUUUUCUCUCUCUACUGUUACAUAUAAUGUGUAACAUUCUACAGCAUAUUAACUUUUUGUACAACAUUGUGAUUGUGUAUCAAAUUGACUUUAAAUUUGUUAAGUUUUUAUAAAUAGCAGCUAUUGGAAGAACCAACAUUUUUUGUUUUUCAUAUUAUUAUUAAAAAUGUGUUUGUCUUUAUUGCAUUGAUUUGAAUCAUGUCAGCUUAAUGUAACAGCUUUGGUUGGAAGGACCAGAAUUUAAUGUUUUAAAAAAGCUUUGGUUUAAUGUUUUGUAAAUGAUCAGAUUUCUUGAAUUUGAUUGGUUCGUUCCGUACUUUUUUCUCUAUAGCAAUGCUAGGCGGGACUGUUCCAGCAUUAUUUCAUCAGAAUUGUUCACCCAGAACUACAGGUGAUCUUGUCUAUGUCGCUCAUUUUCAAUUCAUUUCAUUUACUGAAGCAUUACAUCAUAUUGAGCGACAUUUAGUGUAUAUUUUCGGCAAUCAUUUAAUGUGUUUUGAGCGCCUUGUUAUGGCUUGGCUCUCCUUCAAUAGUUGGCUAAGAAUAGGAUGUCUGCUCUUUGAGAUCGACCGACUCAUACUUCAGUAUAUUGUUCCAACACGCUGAAAUAAACACAGAUUUCACAGAAUCUAGGUUCUCACAUCUCCUUCUUUCGGUCCUGAAAAUAUCGCUACUGGAAACCAAAUUGAGCGAUUUUCCCGAGGUUUUUACAUCUCUUCAUUUCAUCUAGGUGCUCACAUCUCUUUCGGUCCUGAAAAUAUCGCUACUGGAAACCUAAUUGAGCGAUUUUCCAGAACUUUUUCACAUCAUUUCUUUACGUUCUUGAAAAUAUCGUAUGACCUCUUGUUCUGAAGCCUAAAAUUCCACUCGUUAUGAUCGAUCGCUCUUUUACAUCACGGAGAAAAUAAGCUUUUUUUAUAUUUUUUCGUAGGGCUGGUUAGGCUCCCACUUAAUAGUUGCCUAUGAAUGGGAAUGGGGUUCGACUGACUCUGUUACAACUGGAAGUCAAGUUCAUCGACUCUCCCAACGCGAUGGAAUAAACUCAGACUAAACUCUCUCAUGAAAAUAUCGCUUGUUCUUAUAAUCGAUAUUUUACAUUAAGGCGAAAUAAGCAUUUUAUUUCCUUUGUAAAUCCAUUGGUCGAAGUGUAGUUCGGUUGGUUGUGCCAUUAAAUAUGUUGGGGUAUCCUGAGGAAGCUGGGCAUAAAUUGAGGACGCACGGUCAACGCAAGACCAGCCUGUUGCUCCAUCCUGACUUCAGUAGUGUCACAACUACUCUUGUUUUUCUCAGCAGGUUCUUAUUUUUUUUUUCGUUUGCUAUAGGCUGUGGAAGACCUCCAAGUUCGACAUUCAUGGGGUGCCCUGAGGAAGCUGGGCAUAAAUUUAGGAGGGAACGGUCUACGCGGGGCCAGUAUUUCCUUUGCUCUAUCCCGACUUCAGUAGCGCCAGAACUACUCUUGUUUUCCUCAGCAGGUUAUUGUCUUUGUUCCGUGAUCCCGGAAUUAAUGGCUCACAACAUCACCGAAGGUCCACAUUACAUUAUGUUCCAUGUCUAGGAAAAGCUUAUUUUCUUCACGCAGAGAAUGUCCCGAUACAAUUUUUUACAGUCCUUAAGACAACAUUUUGACAGUUUUUUUGGAUGUCACUCAGUGCUGUUUCGCUGAGUGAAGCAGCGUAAUUGAUCACUGAUCGACCAAUCGUCUUAUAGGAUACCAACUAGAUUUCUUUAUCCAUUCCCCAAAUGCUGAUGGCUAAAGUUUGGGGAACGAUGUUUCUACUUCAUAUGAACUGAACAAGAAAUGAGGUUUCUCAAGGUGUCCUCCAAAAUUUCCAAGUGGUUCUCAGUCGGAAUUAAUACCCCAUCCACUGCGACGCCAAUAUUAAGAUGUUUGGCCUUCGUCUAGGUUGUAAAGAGUGUUGCCGGUGACUUCGCUGGUGAGAGCUGCAGGUUACACUUAGUGAUGAAGUAGUUUAUUUCGCUGAUAGGUCAUCAACGUUGUGGCCCUUCGCCAUAUGAAAUCUCUUUGGAGGUUUAGAUAUAUAGAAGUUAAACUCCUUGCUUAACUAUACUACUGGUACUGGUGCUCAAUCAGAUAAUUCCCGAUUCAUCUCUUCAUGUUUUUAUAACUGUAGGAGCUCCGGGAAGAUUUGAACCAGAAGCGAAGGCCUUUGACAAGUCUAGUUUUAGAUUAUUUUAAAAAUAAUUGAAUAAUUCAAAGUAAAGCUCACGAACAAUUGACGAUAUAUUGAUGAAAUGUCACAUAGUUAGUGCUGAAGUUUUAUUUGAGUUGAUUUGUAUUUAAAUGGGUCCAUAGUUGGAAUGUGGGAUAGAUUUUCUAUGAAAUGUCCAAAUUUUUUAAAAACUUAAUUAUUGACUAUUACGGUUUAGCAAUUUUGAAAUUUCAAUUUAAAAAUUAUGCAAACUACUUAUGUUUUCUUAGUUUUACUUAUAAAAUUAUACAGAAGAAAUCCACAAUUUUACUUCGUAAAUAAAGACCAUAAUGGUCCUUCGAACCAAUUUGGUGGCAAGAAAAUUAUUCGGUUGACUAUUAGUUUUCUAGUUACUGGGAGCUUAUGACGAUGUUACUUCAUGGACUGUCCGCAGACUGCUAUAAACUUUAAUUCUUUGAUCUAUAAUAUCUUCUCAGAUAUCUGGAUUAUUAUUUUAACAAUAUAUUUUCUAUUUCACGCUGACUUAUAUUCAUUAAGUGAAGUGAAGGACCAUGGUUUUUUGUGGGGUUUUCAAAAUCUUUAAUUCUCUGCUCUGAAUCUUGCUCUUUAAACUCCUUUGCAAACUGACUUCAAAUCAAAGAAGUGGAAAACGUGAAAUAUUAUUACCAAAGAGCCGAACUUUUAAUGUAAAACUGGGAUGUUUUCUAUCAGUAAUCCGAAGGACCAUAUGGUUUCUCACAUUUAGUUUUCUCCCAGUUAUUUACUGCAAAGAAUGAAUUUUUAAUGAUAAAUGGUAGCAAAAACCUUUCUUUAUUUUCGGUCUUUGAUUUCACAUGAAUUCAAUGUUUUGUGUUAUUAUUGAAAACCACAGUUGCUAAAUUUAGCAGAGUUGUUUUGCAACAACAACAGAGUUGAGUUGUCACUAUAACAGAGCUGUGUUUUAAAACCAGAGUUGUUGUGCGACCAGAAUUUGUCCCUAAUAGAGAAUGCAAAGUUGUUUUCAACAUUUCUUUCUUUUUUUAUUAUUUUGUUUACUUGAUUCUUUAAUAAAUCUUGCAUGUCUUAUCUUAAUAACAUAUUUUUGCCCUUAAAACCUACCCUUUUAAUUCACAUUUCCUUUUAAUAACAAAACCUUAAUUUUUCUCUAAAAAUGUGGCCUUAGUAUCUAAAAAAAAAUUGUAAAAAAAUCUCUAAAAAAAAACAUUAAAACAAAAAGUGUUCAAAAGCUAAGUAAUUAAAGAAACCUUUAAAUUCCAAACUUAUAUUCCAAAACAAAACACAGCGAAAGAAAAAAAAUAAAACCCAGCAACAAAUUUCAAAAAAUACAAACCAGUAUUUUGUUCAAAAAAAUUUCCAAAUUACUUAAAAGCGAAAACCUAACUAACAUUCCCUUAAUAAAAAAUUACAAUUUAAAUAACAAAAAAAAAGAAAAUUUAAAUUUGAAGAAAAAUAUACCACAAAACAAAAAACAAUAAAUGAACAAUAAUAUUUAUAAAACUUCUACUAUAAUUAAUUACUACUUACUAAAACUAAAACAAACUUAAACUAUAUACAAUAAUAAUUAUAAUGAAAAAAUUAAAGAAUGAAAAAAAAUACUAAAAAUUAAGACAAGAAAUACUACAACCGAAACUUUAUGGGAAAUAUAUAACGAAUAAAACAAGCUUGGCUUAACUAUAAUUAACAAAAAUCCCUUUUCAAAUAAAUUACAAAUACAAAUAUAUAUUUCUAAUAAUAUUGAAUGAAGUUUUCUUAAUACUUUUUCUCAUUUAUUAACAAAUUCCAUGCCAUAAUUCAAACUCAAACUUGCCCCUUAAUUAUGUUGUCGUUUUAUUUAUUUUUUUUAAAUAAAAAUACCUAGUUAGAAUUCUCAAAUUCUUUAAUAAAAUCCUCUACUAUUUUGAUAAAUAAACCAAAUCUUAAACCUUGCGCCAAUUUGUACAUAAAUUAAUUACUCAAAUAAUGUAAAUCAUUAAACAGAAAAUACAUGAAUAAAAUUAUUAAUUAAUUACUUAUUAAUAUGUUUGUUUAUAAUACAAAAAAAAACCCCGCGUACUGUUAAAUUUUAAGAUUUAGCUAAUUAAGUAAAAUUAAUUACGAAACUAAAUGAAAAAGAAAUUUAAUUUAAACUCAACUUAAUUAAGUUAAAAAUUAUAACUUAAGAACAAAUCUAUAAAACAAAAAUAAACAAAUAAUUAAUAAAAAGAUUUUAUAAAAAACAAAUAAAAAAUAUAUAUGCAAAAUAAAA